AUGGAACAUCAUAAAGUCACUUUGCCUCACAGAGUUGAUGAUUCAAUGGCUGUUUGGGAAGAAUUUAAGGAAGUAAGCAUAAAAUAUGAAUGUGUUUCACUAGGUGAAGGAGCUCCUGGAAUGAAUCCUCCUCAAUUUUUAGUUGAUGCAAUGAUUGAAUCCAUCCAUGAGGGCUUCAAUCAAUACAUCAGAAUUAUGGGCUCACCACUAUUAGUAAACAAAAUUGCUGAAAUCUAUGGCAAAAAAAUAAAAAGAGAGGUAAAUCCAUUAACUGAAGUCAUCGUGGGAGUAGGAGCAUACACCUUAAUUGGCUCAAUUCUACUUGCUUUGAUAGAUCCUAAUUAAAAUGAGGAGAUUAUCAUUUUCGAGCCUUGCUGGCCUUGCUAUUAUGAUCACGUACAGAUAUCUAAUGCUGUAUAUAGAUCUGUCCCAUUCAAACUUGUUGAUGGGGUUUGGAGAUUUGAUCCUGAGGAAUUUAGAAAAGCUUUAAAUCAAAAAUCAAAAAUUCUAUUGCUUAAUAAUGCUUAAAAUCCAACUGGAAAGCUUUUUUCGAGGGAAGAAUAUUAAUAGAUCUCUGAUAUCUUAAAAGAUUUCCCAAACAUAAUUAUCUUAUCAGAUGAAGUCUAUGAAUACUUGACCUUUGAUGGCAGCGAAUUCAUUCAUUUUGCUACAAUCGAUGACAACUUUAAUAAGACUAUUUCAGUAUUUAGUGGUGGAAAGCUAUUCAACGCUACAGGUUGGAAAGUUGGUUGGGCUCUUGGACCUAGCUAUCUUGUCAAAGCUGUUGCUACAGUUCUAAAUACUCUUGUAUAAGGUACCAACUCUCCAGCUUAAAUAGCCAUGUCAAAAUCAUUAGAAAAGUUGACAUAAAAAGGAUUCUUGGGUAAUGAUGACUAGACUUAUCUUGAAUAUGUAAGAUCUGAAUUCCAACGAGUUAGAGAUUACAUGGUCAAAGAAAUCAAUGAAAAUAUGGAUUUGCCUAUCAAGGCUUUGAAAUGCGAUAGUGGCUAUUUUAUUAUGGUUGACAUUACUGAAGUAAUUCCUCAGAUUCCUAAGAGAUACACAGAAUCUCAUGAUUUUGAGGACCUAUAAGAGGGUUUAUUUAUGCCUGAUGGCAGAAUUCCAAAUGAUUUAGCAUUUUGUAGAUGGAUGGUUGUUGAAAGAAAAGUAAUGAUGAUGCCAAACUCUCUUUUCUAUUACAAAGAUUCCUUAUAUAAGACAGACAAUUAUGUUAGAUUGGCCAUUUGCAAAGGAUAUGAUCUUUCAGUCAAAGCAAUUCUUAGACUUUAAGGAAAGUAAUAUCAGUGA